GAGCGCGAUGAAUCUCACGGCCGUGUUUUCUUCGCGGGGACACCUUUGGAAAAGACCAAACAUCUGAAAUUCUUAUUGGAAACCUUGGACUUCUGAUUUGAAAUUAAUGACUUUACAGUUCCACCAAUAGAUGUUAUGCCACCACAUAAAAAACACACCAAAAAAAACACCUCCUGAUGGGAGCAGAUGGUACUUGGCACUUUUGGAUAUUAAGCAUCAAGAUGUGAAAAAUAAAUUAUUGUCAACACAGAAAUACCAUUUGAAAAAUUCAUCAAUGACUGUUUUCAUUGUGUUGAUACUAUUUAAUGAAAAUUGAUAUUUUAUGAACAGACACAGCUACAUUUUGGAGACAAGUGUACUGUAUACUUUUAAAAGGCUAAUGUGAUGAAGUCUGAUGCUGACUAUUUAUGGAAUACAAAAAAUGUAAUGAAGAAUUUCCUGUAAUAGUCAUGUUUCCAUUAUUGCAUUCACAUAAAAGAAAUGGCUGCCGGAACUCCAUAGUAUGAUAAGUUCUUUAAAACAUAAAUUACAGUAUAAAAUUAACUCUUAGCUAUUGAGUAAAUGAAAUUUCAAAUAUUCAUUCACAAGAAGUAUAACUCACAAUUUGUGAUGAGGUUUCUUAUGAACUAUAAUACCUAUCAAGAGUUUUUAUUAUGAUUUUUUAAUACUGUGUUUUUCCCAAAGAUCACUGGGACUGAAUUUGUUUCUUUCACUACUUUAUGAAAGACUCUUUGCCUUGAAUUACUUAUUCAAAAAGUAAUGGAUUAUUAAAAAUAGCACUUUAGGCAUGUGUAAAAUGAACUAUUGUAUUUAUUAUAUGAAUCUAUAUUUUUCCAUAAUCAAACACCUGCAAGAAAAACAUGUCUAAAGCACCUCAGAUCCAUAUUUUCUUUGGUGCACCCAUCCUUCCAACUUCAUUAAAGGAAUCUAAAGAUGAGCCAUUUGCAAUAGCUACUGCUGAAACAUGGAGAAAACUCUCCCUUUCAUUUUCCAAAGACACUUCUAACCUUUGUACUAGAAAAUGCAAGCGCCCUGACCAUGAAGAACAUCAGACACCUAACAACAUAGUAUUGGCUACCCAAUCCAAAGAUCACUUCAUAGCAAACUUUGGAGAAAAAUGUGGGUUGACUGAUGCUAUUUUGACAGAUUGUGCAGCUGAUGCAGAAAGUGUAAAAUCCUUCAACAAUAAAACUUCAGGUGACUCGACUGGCAACGGUUUUUAUGUCUAUGGAGAUGGCAGCACAGAGAACUACAUGAAUCAUUUUAUAUAUCAGCAGUUUCCCAAUGAUGCAAAAAUGCAUAAACAACAAAGCAAACAAUCUGAAGGUGCUGAAGGAGGUGCUAGUUUCAUGGUCCAUAAUCAGCUCGAUAUUUCUCCCUUGGUUUCUAAUACCAAAAAGAUCAGCAGAGGAAUGAUGUCUAUCCAACCGAAUGAUAAGCCAUCAGACAUUCAAUGUGAUCAUUACCAGCUACUGAAUCAAUAUCUGGAGAUACGUUGUCCAGUAAAAAUUGAAGACUCAAAAGCCGAAAAACCACUAGAUGUGUGUUCAAGCCUUGUAGUAUCAACAGAUACUGAAUUCCUUAGUAUUCUGAUGUCAAGCCAAGUUGCUCUGCUUUCAGGAAUGCAUGCUGUAGGACAGAAUGAAAUACAAGGGAAACCUACAAAGUUGAAGAGCAUGGAAUUGAAUGAGCCUUGUAGGGAAAAUGAAGCAGCUGCAAAUCCGCUUACUCAAUUAAAUGAAAAUGGUGGCAUGUGUGUGGAGAUAAAUUGUAGACAAUACUAUGACAGCUCUCUUGAUCUUUUUGAUUCUGAUAGUACUGUAAAAGAUAACUCAUCUUUGAGAGGAGCAAGCUUUCAGGAAAAUACUAAUGUAUCUACAGGCAUUUUUCAUGCACCUGAUGCUAAACCUAAUAAUGAGCUAUGUUUUACUGAACCAUGGGAGAAAGGAAUACUGUGUUCUCAAGGAGACCACUCUGCCAAAAGAUUCCAAACAUCUAAAAAUACCAUACCUGUAGCUAACAUUAUAGUUGAAGACCAGCAGCAAUCAAAAAGAGUCAAGUUGGUUUGUUCUCCAGUUUGUCCAGUUCCACAAAUUGAGGAAUUGAGAAUUUCAGGAUUUAAGAAAGUUCAGAACCAUCCAUCGUUGCUUAAAGACUGUCUCUUCAAAGGCCAGAAGUACACUAUCUUAGUCACAGUACGGCAUCCAUGUCAUAUCAAAGAAAUACAAACUAAGUCAGGGACUAAAUUGUCCUCAAAAGUCCCCUUAGCCACAACUGUAGUUUUUGAUCAAUCGGAAAUACAACGGAAGAUUGUGUUAUGGAGAGAAGCAGCAUUCUGGUCACUUACAGUGUUUCCUGGAGAUAUCUUACUAUUCACAGAUGUCACUAUAUAUGAAAACCAUUGGAUUGGAGAAAUGAUGCUGCAAUCAACGUUUACUAGUCAGUUAAUGAAUCUUGGAAGCUGCUCAACUAUUAAUCUGAAUGAAUGUUCCCAUAUAGUGGAUGUCAAUAUUCUCCAAGAUUUGCUUGUGUAUGUAUCUUCAAAGCAUCCGUAUCUUCAAGCAAUCCCUCAAAGGAAGACACAGACUCUGAACAACAUACAACAUGUUCUACUAGAUAAACUCAAACCGGAUAUGUUGGUGCAUUCAAUAGUGAAAAUUGUCAACAUCACUGUGCUAACAGAAUCUACGUAUAGUUUCAAAGGAGAAACGCAAAGAAAAAUUAUUUUAACAGUGGAACAAGUCAAAGAUCGGCAUUUUGCCUUGGUGUUAUGGGGAGCUAUAACGUCCCACUGUCCUCAACUUCAAAGGAAAAGAGAUCAUAUAUGGGAAUUUAAAUAUCUAUUUUCAAAACACAGUCCUGUUUCUGGUGAACUUGAAUUGCACACAACACCAUGGUCAGACCUGGAGUGUCUCUUUGAUGAUGACAGAAGAGCUGUUGAGUUUAAGGAAAAGUUUGAAAAGGGUGUCAAAUCAUUGUUGAGUGUGACCGUUCUUGCUGCACACCUGGAGGAGAAGUGUUCUGGAAUAAUCCAAGUGAAGGCCUGCAUCUUGGAGUUGAAAUUUACUGUUCCUUCCUCUCCAUAUGGACUUAUUUUUGAUGCUAGUACUACACUGCAACAGAUAUUUGCUUCUCUCAGUCUGAUCACGUAUGGAGGCUGUGAAAAAUGUGGAGUUGAACUACAGACAGAUAAUAACAAGAUCUAUAAACAGUGCAUUAGCUGCUUACCCUUUAACAAAUUGAAGUUAUUCUACAGACCUGCACUGAUGACUGUAGAGGAUGGAGGAUAUGAAAUCUCUGUUCAAGUGGUGUCAGAACUGAUGGAGAAGAUGUUCCUCAAUAUUCCGGCAGCGUGGCUAAAUAAGGCCAUAGAGCCGUCCUUAGACACAACAUAUGGCAUGAUUGUAGCGGAUCUGUGCCAUUCACUGCUCACAGACACAAAAGCAUCCUACCUUUUGACAAUUAGGAGCCAUUUUGUAUUGGAUGAAAACAGCUAUCCUUUGGAGAAGGAUUUCCGUCUGCUGGGUUUUCAUCUUGAUCUCUGAAGCAGGAGCUUCUACUUAGCCAGUUCUACCCUCCACACCCCUGGUGCUCCCUGUGACUGGAAAAAAAUGUGAUUUAUUUUUUUUAAAUUAAUUAGAUGUAUAAAAAUUUUCAGAUUUUGUUUUAUUUUUAUAAAUGCCCAUUGUAUUAUUUAUGAAUUAUGAAUGCUAAUUAUUUAUAUAGUUCUUCCCAGUAACUAUAAAUAAACUGAGUUUCUAACUAA